AUAUUUUGAAGUAUUGGGUUUAAAUUUCACAUAAAACUGAAUUAUCUAUGUUUAUACUUUCGUAUAUGAAUAUUCAUAUUUCUUGUAGAAUCCUAGUUUUUGAUUGGUCAAUGUUUCAGUCAUGGAUAAUAACUGAGCGUUAAAAAAUCUGAAAAUGCGCAUUUUAUCGGCAACCAACAAGCAAGAUGGCGGAACACAUUAAGUUGGCGCUAUGCACGUACGUAGAUGAGACUGAUGAGUGCUUGUUAUCGAGACGCGACGCUGACCGGAAAAUGCGGCGCGGAGAAAGCCUGGAGCUCGAGCUGGAUACACUGGAUCUCCAAAUAAAUGGCAGCCAUAGCAUCAGGAUUCUGGAAUAUAGGGACUAGUAGAAAAGAUCUAAGUUAGAGUUCUAACUUUAGCAUCUGUAAGACUGUAAAUUGUCCUCGACGCGGCGCCGACGGUCUCGACUUUCGACCUAUCCCGAGUGAGGACUGCUGGCCGGAGGACGGGUCGGAUCUGUCCCUGGUGCCGGUGGAAGUUCCACGCAGCUGCGGCCGAGGCACAACUUGCUAUCUUCAUGAGAUGUGACUCAGGCCCAACAUCUACAACUACGCUGGCGAUGCCUGCAUACAUGUAGACCCUACAGGUUCCACUGCUAAAAUUAAAAAAAUGAAUAUUAUGAAUGAUCUAAAUAUCCUGCCUGAUCCACCGGAGACCUGGCAAGCAAAGAUCAGCAGGCUCGUUCGAGAUGUUUUUCUUCCGUAUGCAGUUCCUUACGUCAUUCCAGCUUUUCUAAGCUGGAAAGUUUCGAGAGGUCUUCAUGUUGAUCCAAACGACAAGAUUUCAUCAUUGCAAGCUGAAAUCAGGAGGUUAAAAUUUGAAAUUGAAAACUUCCAUGGCCAUAUCACCGACACACAGCAAAAAGAAUACCAAAAGCACAUUCAGAUGAAUCGGGACCUGGAUGCGAUAUCCAACAUGCUCGAAGAACGCCAGGAUAUCUACUGCAGUCCCUUCAAGCAUAAAGAAACAAGACUAAAACUGGAGAAGAAACUCCGAGAGUAUGUAGUCGAGCGCCCCUAUGAAAGAGAGUUGAAACUUUUCAGUGGCAUAGAAGAGAUACUGGAGAAAGAUUGCCAUUGUGGCACAGACAGAAGUGAAAAUGGCUGCCUCAUGUGGGUGUAUAUGGAAUUGUGGAGGACAAGAGCACGGCUCAAUAUGCAAGAAAAUGUCAUCCUCAAAAUGAGAGCAUAUGAUCUAAAAGGAAAAAAAAGUAAACUGAUGGAAUAAAGACAAAUCAUUUUUCUACUCAUUGUCAUUGCCGUAGUCCUAUGAAUGUUACUUGCACCUACAGCAAAAAUUGCUUGGCUUGGUUUGGUGGAAAAGUAGGGGAGUUUGAAUCUCUUCCUAUUAUCUGAUAUAUAUUGGAUAUAUUUUUUUACAUGACAUUAGGGCCGUCUGCACCAUCCCGAGUUUUCAAAUUAGCGCGCUAUUUCUGAUCCGGCAAAUUAUCCCGAUCUGAAAAAUCUCGAGAUAGUUGGCGGUGGAGACGCAAUUAUCGCGCUAGUUCGUAGGAUUAAUCUCGAGAUUGCAAUCCCAAGUCAACUCGGGUUUAUUUGCAAAAUAGCGCGCUAUUUUACGAAUUAUCCCGCUAAUUCGUCGGUGCAGAUGCACUCGAGAUUGGACUCGGGGUAAUUUAUUCAUGACGUCAGUCCAUAAUGCAAUUCGCGUUCCACUUCCGCCUUGGUCAAAACAUAAACACGUGCGAAAGUCAACUUUAUACAUGCGAAUAGCGUUCAUCAAUUGCCUAAUAAGCAACGAUGGUGUCCCACCAGUGAAUGGAUUUUGGGAGAGACCAGACCGAAGGGGGAGGCGCUCAUCGACGAUGGUCAUAUUCAAUAACAACACUGACAGCAGUGUUGUCUUAUUCCUUCACAAAAUGUGAGCAAAUAGCAUUUCUUUCCUCCUUCUCUCCCUCUCUCUCUCUCUCUGUCGUUGCCUCCUACUCCGCCAUCAUAUUUAACGAAGAAUACAUCACUUCUUCACUCGCUGAGCUGAGAGGAUUGUUGCAUAACACCGGUCGAAUUCGGCGAAAGUGCUAGUGAAAGGAGUACAUUGCUUGCAUAUCGCGGGAAGUUAUUCAAAAGCGCGGGCCGUUGAAACUCCAAGAUCCGAAAGUGCGCAUGCUCGUAACAUCGGGCUUGUUGCCUCGCUCGAGCAGGAAUCGCUCUUCUUGCGAUGGUGGAGACGGGGUUUCUUGAAUCUCGAGAUUAAUCGCGAAGUGGGCCGAUCGGGCUAAAAUCUCGAGAUUGAGCAAACUCGGGAUGGUGCAGCACCACCUAUUUUGUUGGAAUGUGGUACUUGCAUUCACUCAUAUUAAAGCAACCUUCCAUCGAUAAAUCAUGGGGAAAUCAAGGGUAAUCUCAGAACAGAGAAGGAAUUCACUCAAAUUAUUUUCUGAUGGGGGUGUGCCUCACAAAAACACUGAAAUUGGGGUCUAAGGAACUGACAAGGGUAAAAUAUGGGGUCUUGGGAACUAAAUAUAUACCGGGCGGUGUGAAAUUCAGGGUCUACGGAAUGGGAUCACGGUACAGUAAGUACGGUGCAUGCUAGCGCUGUGCAUGUCUUUUGACAAAAGACAUUCUGUGCAUGUCUUUUGGGGCGCUAGCGGUGCAUGGAGCUGCUAGCAGAGGGAGUUGUGUGUGCAGCUAUUUUGGCAGGGCAAGGGAACUAAGAUGUUUUGUAACGGGGGUCUUGCGAGCGGGGCGGGCGGCUUUUGAAUGGAACAUUCGGAGUAUCUAGGUCUGAAAAAGGGGGUCAUCAAAGCAGCAUGUCCCCAUACCACCAAUAUAUGUGAGCCCCCCCCCCCCCCUCCCCGGGACAUUACCAUACUAUGAUUGUCACAAAUUGGUAUUCUGAACAUUGUCUUUUCUCUGUCAUAAUCUCUGAAAGUUCCUGCCCAUCAUCUCGAAAUCACUGUUAGUUCUGAGCCCUUCUAACCAGUAGGAAGAUUGAGGAAACGUGGGGGCAUAUCCUCAAUACAGUAGCUGACACUACGACUGCACAUGUUUUAAUGUGCUUAAUUUAAUAUACAGAGAGACAGAAAGUUGAGAAGGAUUUUUAGAAGAGAGAGAAAAACGGAGGAAAAACCCCCAGGAAUUAGUAUGUAUGCAGAGCCUAAAGACUUGAAGCAUGAAAAAAAUAUUUAGUAGUCAUGGAUAAUGAGUGAAACUAAAACAACAAUAUCAGCAUGGUAUUUUGAUAUUGCAAUAUUAUAUGAACUGCUAGACCCAGUCAUUAAUUUUUUGCUUGUAAUAGGAUUAUGCGUGUUUAUGAAUUGGCAUAUUUUUGGGGUUGUGCCUUUGAGGAGAGACAAAGUUUACAACAGUUGUGAUGACAAAUGAUAUGACAUCUACCAGAAUACUGAUUCUCAUAUAUCUCUGAAAAAAGACAAUGAUAAAAAUAAUGCCCUAACUGUUUAGUUUUUCCGUGAAAUGUCAGGAUCUUAUGGUAGGUUUAAUAUGUACAUAUGUCAAUUAUAUUUUACAUAGAUCUAUUUGUAUCAUACAUGAAUUCAAUUUUGCUGUAAUGAAAAAUAAAUAUCCUGCCAAGAAUAAAGCAAACAGCAAAACAGUGAUACUGUAGGUCACCGGCUUGCAAGUUCAGUCAAUGUAGAUUUUCUUUGUGUGUGUGUACGUGUGUGAAGUUUACUUGAAUAGUUGAAUUAUUGAAUGCAUGUACAAUGAAGUCAAUGACCAUCUUUUGAAUAUUGGCAUAAUUAUGAAAUACAAUUUUUAAAAAAUCGUAGCACAUGAUUUAAUGACUAAUCAAACUGCCUCACAUGAAAUAUUCAGUACUGAAAAGGUUGAUCUGAUUGAUGUCUAGACAUUAGAAAUAUUUUGUUUAUUUCAAAAUCACAAAACCUAUCAUAACCUUUUUUUUUUUGGGGGGGGUAAAGCUUUUGCUUGCUAGGCUGCAAGCUUCGUCAGACCUUCAUCGUAGCUGGCGCUGUUUUAAGAUGAUAUAAUGAGCAAAUGUAAUUUAUUGCAGUGGACUUUGUUGUUCUUUACGUUCACAUCUUGAUAUGCAUUUGGGUCGAAACCUUGCGGUCAGCGUAAAGAGAUUUAUGUUGAAAAAUUAUUACUAAAGAAGCUAGUACUUUUCUUAUUUCCUAUUGUAUUAUUGGUUUUAAUGAAAUCCCUGUUAUAACAAGGCGAUUCUUAUGGUCUCUCUUAUACACAGACUUUGUUUGGCUUAGGCCAUCACAUCGGGUUAUUGCGUUGGGUCCGGCAAUCGCGUAUACCCAACCUUUCGAGAAAAGGGCCCCCUAAAUUCCUGAAACGUCUGGGGCAGUUUUCCGACCAUCCAAGAAUUUUGCUAUUAUUUUUGAAAGACAAUGGGUAAACUGAACCCGACCUUUUCGGAAUUAAGGGUGCCAUUUUCUUGAAUGGUUGUGUAAACUUAACCCUAAUUCUCCGGGGGGGGGGGGGGCAUAAUGGCCCCCCCCCUCGACAAUUUUCGCGAUAUAUCUGCUGCGCAAAUUUUUUUGACCUCGCCGCUCACUGAUUUUUUACUUUCAAGUCUCGCGCAAAUUUUGAGACCAAAUUUGUGACGCCCGGUACGCGGUUACGACAUUACGCAACAUUAUGUAAGUGCAUGUCAGACCCCAAAUUGCUCAUAAACGUGAUUUCAUGUUUCAAUUUUUUGACCUCGCCGCUCACUGACUUUUUUUUUCAAGUCUCGCGCAAAUUUUGAGACCAAAUUUGUGAUGCCCGGGUACGCGGUUACGACAUUACGUAACAUUAUGUAAGUGCAUGUCGGACCCCAAAUUGCUCAUAAACGUGAUUUCAUGUACAAAUCCAAUGCAGAUUGUGUAUUAGCCAAAAUUCAUAAAUGUAUCAUUAUUUCUACUUUUAUUGAUUAAACUUAAUUAAUUUUGCCUUGUUUAUGAUCAGAAUUAAGUCUGGAACGAUUUCCAUCGAAAAAACAAUAAAAAAACAAAGAAAUACAUAAGAAAUCGGUCAUGGUAACAUAAUUUUUUUCAUUCACAAUUGUUAGGAAUGCUAUAAAGAAUAUUUUCAACAAAAAAUAGCAUUCUGGGAGCUUUCUUUAGUGAAUCAGAGCAAAAAGUAUGAUUUCAUGAAUAAAUUAGCAUAAUUAAUUCAUAUAAAAUAAAAAUAUAUGAAUUCAGUGAAAUUUACCAAUGCAACUGCAUAGAUUACGUCAUUCUCUACCAUUUUUUUUUCUUUACCAAUUUUUGUUGUGAUCGCGCAAUCCGCGGCUGAGAUCUUAAAUAAUGGCCCCCCCCCCCCCCCAGGAAUGACAAGAAUCAAAAUACCCCGGGAGAUUUAGGGUUAAGUAGAGCGUUGUUUGUGGCUCAGUGGAUUAGUCUCCGGACUUUGAAACGGAGGGUGGUGGGUUCAAAUCCCAGCCAUGGCGUAGUUUCCUUCAGCAAGAAAUUUAUCCACAUUGUGCUGCACUCAACCCAGGUGAGGUGAAUGGGUACCUGGCAGGAAUUCAUUCCUUGAAAUGCCGGGGUAAUAAUAUCCAAUCCUUUGGAAGCACAUUAAGACAUUUUUCAUAUCGUGAUAUGCGCUAUACAAGAACUGUCUAUUAUUAUUUAUUAUUAAACUUGACCCAACGUUUCAGGAAUUUAGGGGGCCCUUUUCUCGAAUGGCCAGGUAUAUGUGACAAUCUGAUGUGAUGGUACAAGCCCUUUGUUUCCACUAUGAAGCUUUACAAUUAUUUGGUACUCAAUCAUAAUGGCAAUCUAGUCUAUAUACCACUGUAUGAUUGCCUUUCAUGUAUCUUCUUCACAAAAAAAUCUUUGAUAGCCCAAAUAUACCAAACCACUGUUAGACUAUAUACUUGUUGGACAAAAUGUGCUUAGAUGUAAUGGUUAAAGAGAUGGUCCAGGCUGGAGAUUUUUGAUCAAAAUCGGAUAAUAAAUACCGUAAUGAAGUUAUUAAAUUUUCAAGAUUUGCAUUAUUCUGGUGAAACAGUUCUAGGCAUGUCUUUAUGAAUAUUCAUUAGGUGGGCUGAUGAUGUCAUAUCCACUUUUUUAUUAUAUGAAAUUAGGUUUAUUCAAAAUUUUUCUACCAAGAACUAAAACACUUGGAUUGCCAACUGAUUAAAUGCAUUAGCUAUUUAUUGCUGCAACUUAUUUCAUCAUAAUGGAGACACACAUUUACACAUGUAUGAAAAAAUGAAAUAAUGAUUUCAUGUAAUAACACGAAAAAGGAAAGUGGGGAUAUGACAUCAACUUCCCACAAUUCAAUGUGAGCUGAGGAAAGGCUUAUAUUACAAAGUCAUGAUGAUAAUAAACCACACCAUUCAAAAUAACUUGUUUCGAACAAUAUUCACUUUAUUACACCUGUCCAGUUCACAGGUCAUUUCAUUUCUUUACAAUAUAAGUAAAUGUCUUCAAACCCGGUAAAAGACAGCAAACGUGCAAUGACACUUAUUUAAAUAUAUACAUGAUAUAUAUUGACUUUCGACUCAAAUUCAAGACUUUCCGGCACCAAUAGAACAUUGUAUUGUCUCCCAUUGUCAAAAGUGCUGAAAGUAUUCCAGUCUAAUACAGUAUUGCAGAAAUGUAUUAGAUAUUAUGCCAAAGACUGAGCUAGUUUGGUCAUCUUGUGAUGAAUACAGUAGUUAGGAUUAUCAGCUUCAAUAAUGCCUUUUCUGAAAUUACUAGAUCUUU